UAGCUGGUUUCAAUUUGGAACCUUCAGUGACAAGGGCACGUUGAAUUUUCUUGUUCUGUGUGUGAGCUCGAGACUCAAAGUGCCAACUGGUAUCUUAAUCAGAUCUUCUCCCCUCUUUCUCUAUAUAUAAGCCUUUAUACCUUUUUUCCCUUUCAACAGAUUUUAAUUCUAAAUCCAUCAGAACAAGCAAGAAACCAACACCCGCAAACAAAUAUGAGUAGUGGAAUGAUCUCUGCUGGAAGCCAUGCUAGCUCCCACACAAUCUCAAAACCCAAAAUCUCAACCAAAAAAUCCUUUCUUGAGCCAUCUUCUCACCUUAGCUUCAAUACCCAUUUCCAAAAAUCAAGCUUUUCCCUCAGAACACAUUCCAAAUCCAUCAGGACCAGUCCGAUUAAGGCCUACGCCGCUGCUAUUGAUGGCGUUUAUAUAAACUCCCAGAGUUUCUACGAUUUGUUGGGCAUCCCCAAGAGUGGAACGCUCUCGGAGAUUAAGAAAGCUUAUAAACAACUUGCCAGGAAGUACCAUCCUGAUGUUUCACCUCCGGAACGUAAAGAGGAGUACACGAAGAAGUUUAUUCAGGUUCAGGAGGCUUAUGAGACCUUGUCGGAUCCCAAAAGCAGAACUUUAUAUGACAGAGAUAUGGCCAGAGGCCUAGACUUGCGUACCAUGUUCUCUACUACAAAGCGAUCCCGCUACAAUGAGGGAUUGGAUGCUAGAGAUGAUUGGGAACAGAGAUGGCAAUCUCAGCUGGCAGAGCUAAUAAGAAAGAGCAAUGCUAAAGAUUUAGAAAGCAUAUCCUGGGGAGCUAGAAUGCGGAGACAAAGAAGUUACUGCCAUUAACAAGUGAACAUGAAGCAGAGAAAUUAAAGAUUCUACACAUUUGUCAAUAUUAACACCCACAGAAGAAUCCUUUUUUCCUCAAUUUAAGUGGGCAUUGGAUGACCUAAAGAUUGUCUUGUGUAGUGGAUGACCUCUUCUCAUUUCUGUAUAUAUACUAAAAGUGAAUUCUCAAAAAAUAUAUAAUACUAAAAGGGAAUUUCCAUUAAA